AAUUAGACGGUGCCGCUGACGUUGUUCUUUUUAUUUUUCUUUUUUAGCUGUUGUUUACUAUUCAUAACUCAUAAACAAAUCCCACCUCUUCUUCCUUCCCCUCUCUCUUUCUCUCUCUAGAUUGUCUCCUCUGCAACUGCAACCGUUUCUUUCUCUUUUCAACUUCUUCUUCUCUCUCUCCGUACAUAGAUUACACGUAUUGGGUGGGGAGCUGAAUGUGAAGAAUUGGUGUCCCAUAGUAUUUGCAGAGAGGCAUUGUUUGAUGUUUGUGUUGACUUCGAAUUUCUUUAGAAGAGGGUGAUGACGACUCAUGUUUAUGAUGAUGGAUUGAUAUGGCUGACUGCUGAUACCGAGUGGUAUGAUCAGAAUGUGCGGUUUAUUAACCUAGCACUCAGUUCUCACGGUUAAGCACCGUUGUUUUGUGUCUCUGUGCGAUCGAGUUUUAACAAUGGCUGUCGCGGGUUUGCAUAAUCUAUCUGCUUUUGGUCCCUUCUUUGGGGACUCCCAAUCUACUGUGUCGAGGCAGUGGAGUGAUGAAGCUGGCACGCCUCGCACCCGGGCAUCCUCUCUUUUGCAGAUGUGGCGAGAGCUCGAGGGUGACCAUGUGGUGAGCCCUUCGCAUAGGUCAAGGGGGAGGAGAAUUGCCCCAAGGAGUGAUAAUGGGCAUGAUAUCUCUGAAGAUGCGGAUGAUACUGAGACUCAGGCUGUUACGGGUUCAGAGAUAGACCACGAUGAUAACAACAGUAUCAUAUCCGAGCAAUCUAGUGACUUGGGAGAAGUAGAACGGGAGAGAGUGAGACAGAUAUUUCAAGAAUGGACGAACAGUGGUGCCAUGGGCCGUUCGCCUCUAAAUAACCGCUCGGGGCCACAAUGGCUUGGUGAGAAUGAGUGUGAAAGGGUGAGAGUUAUUAGAGAAUGGGUACAGGUGAACGCCCAGCAUAGAAACAACCAGGCAUCAGUCAGAGAUGGAGGUGCUGAUGCCGGUUCUCAUAUUGAGCAGGUUCGUGAAGGAUUGACUGUCGCCCAUCAUGAGGCUGUUGCACGGAGGCCCAUUCGCAGAUUAUGUGGCAGACAAACUCUACUUGAUCUUCUCCAGAGGGCUCAGUGUGAGAGGAAAGAAGAACUUCAGGGUCUAUUGGAGCACAGGCCCGUGUCGGACUUCACCCACCGCAAUCGCAUACAGGCUUUGCUUAGGGGUAGGUUCCUAAGAAACGAAAGAAUGGUACCGGACAUCAGACCAUCUUCUGUGGCUGCAACAGAACUGGGUUUGUUAAGACAACGGCAUACUGUCUCUGGCCUCAGGGAAGGAUUCCUUUCAAAAUUGGAAAAAUCUGCUUCCACUUCAACUAACAGUGCUGAAUCUGAUUCUUGGUUGAGUGAUCAAAACCAUUCUGAAUUAGAGUCUACAUUGCAAGAAAGAGAGAUAGCCGUAAAUUCUGCAACACCCGACUUGGAAAGUGUUGCAGAUAGAAAUGGUAGCUGGCAAGAAUUUGGAACAGAAGUAACUGAAGUAGAGAACCAAGUUGUGCACGAUUCGGGUAAUGAGGAAAACGUUUCUUCCGGAAAUGAGGGGCAUGUGCAAGAAGUGUCUUCAUACAUUGAUGUCAGUCGGCAAGAUGUUCCGAUUGAUGUCGUAAGUGUUCGUACCACAGAGGGCCAAGUCUUGGAUCGCGAGGUGAGUCAGGCGACUGAGCAAAUGUCCACUGCCGAGGAAGCUGGUAUAAUUAGACACAGAGAAGAGAUAAAUGUAACUGUAACCAACGAAUUGUCAUUAGAAACUGAAGACUUAAAUUUCAGAGCACCCAAUGAAAACAUACUACAUGAUCAUUAUGAAUCGAGAAGUGCUGUGAGUUAUGACGAGGAAGCUGCCACUCAUACUGUUGACUUGGAAGGUAACAUGGACGAGCAAUUUGAUAGGCCAGUUGAUUCUGCAACUGACAUUGAAGAAUGGGUGGACACGAGUGGAGAAUCAAUGGCUAGAAGCUGGCAGGAAACCUCUGGUAACGAGUUGUUACGAGAAACAUCUGAUAACAAUGCUGCAGAGCAAGAUCAGAUGCAAGAAUCACACGAUGACUGGCCAAGCCAUGACUUACAGGAGGCUAUUGAUAGUUGGCUGGGUAUGCCUUCUGGAGAGGUUGGUGCGUCCGUUGGAAGGCUAGAUGCGUUCUAUUACUCUGAUGACGACAAUGUUCACAGUAUCGAGCUUCGGGAACUUUUCAGCCGGAGACGUGUCUCUGGUCUUCUAAGAAGUGGUUUCCGUGAGAGCCUCGACCAGGUGCUUCAAUCUCAUGUGGAAAGGCAAGGUCAUGCUUCGGGUGAUUGGGAACUGGAGAACGAAUCUUCUUCUCCUAGCCUAGUUGGUCAAGACCAGGGACAACCAAACGGUGAUCGAGCCUUGGAUCUUUCCGAUGCUGCAGAAAGAAAUUCGUUUGCUCCCACUUCUUCCUUCGUCUCCGCUCCCCAGCCACUCUGGGAUGAGGAAAUGCAGGGGGCAAGUUUGCCUCACUUCAACUUGAGUCAGCAUUUUGGAACGGAGUGGGAGGUGGUGAAUGAGUUGAGAAACGACAUGGCCAGGCUUCAGCAAAGGUUAAACAACAUGCAAAGCAUGCUGGAACAGUGCAUGGACAUGCAAAUAGAGCUGCAACGUUCAGUGCGGCAAGAGGUCUCCGCUGCUUUAAACCGGUCCUUCUUAACAAAAGGUGCAUCGAAAAGAAUCCCUUUUCACGACGAGUCUCAAUGGGAUUGUGUAAGGAAAGGAGUUUGCUGCUUGUGUCACGACAGCAACAUCGAUACCUUGUUGUACAGAUGUGGGCACAUGUGCUCCUGUUCCAAGUGUGCCGAUAAACUGAUCCAGGAUACGGGGAAGUGUCCGAUGUGCCGGGCCCCAGUAGUCGAGGCUGUCCGAGCUUACUUUAUCCAGUAAAUAAAAAGUAAAGAAAAAAUUAGAGCACACUAGAUUUAUCUGAUUCAGAAUGAGGAAGUUGCUUGAUGAUUGAGCUCUUCUUUCUUGGAGCACCUCUCUAGGUAAAUUAAUUAACCACUGUCAUGUGUCACCCUCUUGCUCGUUUUCGUGCAGCAACCUUGUUCGUUUUGCAAGUGAUCGCGUUCUUUUUUUCCUGACAGACGACGUCUCUGAUUAAUGUGAGAAUAAGUUGGCAGAUUUGAUGUUAUAAUUAUCUGCAGUUAAAAAGUUUUAACCAAAGUAGGUGAUAUAUGUGAGCUGAAAGUCAUUGGUAUUUUUGGAUGGCUUCAGCUGUGAAUAAAGAGUAGCAUGAGAGGUUGAUGAAUGGUGAAAGCUGCUAAUUUGCACAUGUGUAAGUGUAACAGUGAAAUGAAUUAUGCCAAAUGCUGGCUGUGGUCUGCAUUAUUUGUUGUAUGAUUUCAGACUUUUUGGAAUAUUUAUUUGGAGUGAUUAUAACCCAA